AUGACAGAAACACCUUCUCAAGGUAGCUUAUCGCCCAAACAACAACAACAACCAUCCUCACUGCGCUCUUCCCCUCUCGACAGUCAAUCCGGAACAGAAUCCCAUCCAGACAAAGAGACAAAUCAAAGUGCAAUCUUGACACCUUCUCGAACGGCCUAUUUACCUCUUGUCUCGCCUAGUAUUGAAGAAGAUGGAUUUUCGACAGAUCAAAACGGUUUAAAACGGUCUAGAGAAGAAGGAUCUGGGAGUUAUUUCGAUAUCAACAAACAGGAAAGCAGUACAACCAACACAAGCAGAUCUGCAAUCUUAUCAGACGAAGACGAAGAAGCUUCAAUACCAACGGCAAAAAGAGUUAGGAUACCGUUGGUUUCGUUACCGGAUGAGAUUGGUAAUCCAUUGAUGCGCGCAAUUGAACAAUCUAUGAGCGUUGAUCAAUCGUACAAGAAUGGCGAAUCAUCAUCAUCUUCAGCACAGCAGAACGCAAGGCAACAUAGAGCGAUGAGCGUUCCACGUAAUUUACGCAGUAAGGUUCAUCCGGUUACAGCUUUGAUGGUUGCUAAUCGUAGACCUUCAGCGGCGAACAGUCAGGCUUCCGCCGAUGCUACUUCUGAACGUCAACGUCGUAACAGUGUUAGAGCGCAACAAUUAUCACUUCUUGCAAGUCAAGCACGAUUAGCAUUAUCCGGCACGAGUAACGUUAAUACGGCCAUCCGGACAGAGAAUGCGGUAAAAGGUGCGGUGAUGAAAGCAUUCAAUGAUGUUCAAGCACGUAAACAACGUGAAAGCAUUUCUGGAUCAUCUUCACCACUUUCAAACGUACAGAGCGAGAGAGGAGAAUCAGGUUCACCGGUGAAGGAGAGCAAUAAGGACAUUGUGGGAGAUCAAAAUCCCUCCCCCAAACGUAUGGAGGCUAUACGAGAUCCGACUGCAACAUGGUCGGAAGCAUUACAGAACGCAAAGAGUGCGACUUCUUUCCUCGAUAGUGCCAAAGAGGUUGCUCGUGAUUGGGCAAAUGGAUUUUAUGCAUAUGAAAAAGAAUGGAUCGGAACUGCAUUGCAAAAAGAGCAAUUGAAGCUGGAUGACGAGAAAGUUCAACAGGAAGAAUCUAGAAUUGGACGUAGAACUUCUUUAUCCGCUCCGCCAGUUACUGCACGGGAAGAGGAGAGUACUUUAACGGAUAAAGAUAUGGUCAUACCGGUUGAGCCAAUGAAGGCAGCUGAGGAUGCAUCGUCAAACUAUACCGCCUCAAAAGCAGCAGUGAAUGCGAUCCCACAAAAAGUUGUUGAUUCUGCUGUCAUACCGACACGCUCGAUCGACUUUGGUAAUGGGGGUGGAAAACUGGUGGACGUUUUGAGUAAUUUCGCAACGUUAAUCGAUAGUCAUAAAGAAGGAUGUCAUUCGUUAGAAAAGCUUGCACAUAAUGCUAGGAGAUUAUCAGCCGUUCAAUUACCACCUGUUCGAUUUGAUACUUCCGCAACUUCAACGGCCACAACUACGAUUGGUUCAAUGAGCGCUGUAAGUAGCGAUGCUGGAUCUCCGAUGAGUGUAGCCGGACUAAUGAGUUGA